AUGUCGCGACUCGAGGCCUCAGGCCGAUUGAUCAAAUGGGCUGUCGAAUUGGGACAGUAUGGCGUUGACUAUCAACCCAGGACUGCACAGAAAGCACAAGUGCUGGCGGACUUUGUGACGGAGCUAUCUAGCGACCUGAAAUCACCUCUAGCUGUUGAAGAGCAGGGCUCGACAUGGAUGUUGCAUGUGGAUGGUUCCUCAAAUACCAACAAUGGAGGAGCGGGCAUAUUGAUUCAAGGGCCCAAGGGAGUAGAGAUCGAGGUGGCAGCUCGCUUGUCUUUUCCUGUAACCAAUAAUGAGGCAAAAUAUGAAGCACUCAUCUUGGAAUUAGAACUUGCAUAUGAAGCUGGGGCCAGAGACCUGGAGGUGCCUAGAACAGAAAACGACAAAGCAGAUGCCUUAUCCAAAUUUGGGGCCACAAUGGAUGGGAUUAGAGAUCGUAGAAUAACAGCAUUAGUGCGUGAGCGAUCAGCCCUAGCGAGCAGAAUGGAGGUGCAAGUAGUCUCCGAAGCCGGGUCGUGGAAGGAUGAAAUCAUUAAAUACUUGGAGAACAACAUCUUGCCUACCGAUCCCGUCGCGGUGAAAAGAGUGAAAUUCCGAGCUACACGAUUCACUAUGUUGUUGGGGCAACUAUACAAGCGAACAUUGGAUGGGCCUCUCCUGAAAUGCUUAGACGAGGAGAGAGCCUUGUACGUGAUGCGCGAAAUCCACGAAGGGAGCUGUGGGAACCAUUCAGGUGCGAGAUCGCUGGAUCAGAAGGUCAUACGACAGGGGUAUUUUUGGCCCACAUUGGUCAAAGAUUCCAAGGAGCUGGUGAAGAAGUGCGAAAGCUGCCAGAAAUAUGCAUCCCUGAUACAGCAACCAACAACCUCAAUGGAGCCGAUCAAAAUAGAUUGUCCGUUCGACCAGUGGGGAAUAGACAUCGUGGGACCUUUCCCCCCUGCACAAUCUCAAAAGAAAUUCAUCAUUGUAGCGGUUGAAUACUUCUCCAAGUGGGUCGAAGCGGAGGCCGUGGCCAAGAUAUCCGAGAGAGAAGUCAUUAACUUCAUUUGGAAGAACAUCAUCUGCAGGUUCGGAAUACCCAGAAUUCUAAUUUCUGAUAAUGGCACCUAA